UUUACCCUGAUGAAGAAGAACCCUUCCAAGUACUGUGUGACAUGACAACUAAUGGUGGAGGAUGGACCACCUUUCAAAGGCGCAUGGAUGGCUCUGUAGACUUUUAUGUUGACUGGGAAUCUUACAAAAAAGGCUUUGGAAAUAUGAAGGGCGAGUUUUGGCUUGGAAAUGACUACCUUCACCGUCUCACUGCAUCUGCCAACAUGGUGUUUCGAAUCGAUAUGGAGGAUUACGAAGGCGACCGAAGAUUUGCUGAAUACACGACCUUCUUUGUGGCCGACGAAAGCGAUGAUUACCGGGUGACGAUCGAUGCAUACCGAGGCACCGCAGGUGAUGCAUUGCUAUCUCUCAGUAGGCCUAUCAGAAAUAUGAAGUUUACAACCAAGGACAGAGACAACGACGUCGAUAACAGUAAGAAUUGUGCCUUGUACUAUAAAGGCGCCUGGUGGUACAACUAUUGCCAUAACGCAAAUCCAAAUGGUUUGUACCAAGGUGGAGGUAACGCACAAGGAAUUACAUGGGAACCAUUUCGGGGACAAGAUUAUUCGUUAAAGCACAUCGAGAUCAAACUUCGACCAGCAUGAUUUGUAUCUUAGAAGUUGCGUGUUUAAGCCUUCAGCAGACUACUAGUG